CAACACCAAUCCCACCAUUACUUGCCGCUCUUUCUCCAAUUCUCCCCUCACUAUAACCCAAACCGAAACGACAAACAAACCAUCCUACCAAUACCACCUCCACGAACGAGAAGAAGGAAAUAGGAAUAAGCAAUAAAAAUGUCCCUCCAAACCCCCCGCAUCCUCCCCUCCCACCUCCACGCCUUCCACCCCUCCUCCACCGGCCCACGCACCUCGCAUACCGUCCGCAUCCUAGGAACAGUGACUGCUCUGCGCGGCGACACGGCGACCAUGACGUGCGGAAACCACGGCGAUGUGACGCUCAUCUUGAAGCCCGAUUCGCAUUUGCAGAUGGGGAAGUUGGUCGAGAUUAUUGGCAAGGUUGCUGAUUUGGAUAAUGGGAGUGGUGUCGGUAUUAGAGUCCUAGGCAGUACGGAUUGGGGGAGUCCGGCGGAUUGUGACUACAAAAUUUAUGAGCAUGUUGUCAAUGCUACGCAUAAGCUCAAGCCUAUCUUCUAUGAUGAGUGAGUGGCUGUUAGGGAGGAUGAUAAUGGGGUAUAAAAGAAUGGGUUAGUGGAUGGGUAAAGAGCAUGCUGAGCUACGUGAGAUAUCUUGCUGUGCUGGGUGGUUACUAGUAUCUUUAUGUGUCCUGCAGCUGAGGUGUCAUUUGCAUCGUGUUCGGGUUAUUCUUCGGCGUUGGGUUGAAUCUACGAUAUCUGUCUAUCAAAAUAUUAUACGGUUG